AUGGUCAACAUGGCGCUAAACAGCAAUCUAGUUGCAUUGACGGACGGCGUGACGGGCGCAGCAACUGCAGGUUUUGUCGCCGCAACAACAGCAAGUUCAGGCGCAGGGGCAGCCGCAGGUUCUGUCGCUGCAACAUCAGCAAUUGUAGAUGCAGGCACUUUAGCAACAACAGGUGUCGCCGGUGCAACAUUAGCAAGUUCUGUUGCAGGCGCAUCCACAUCAGGUUAUGUCGCUGCAGCAUCAGCAAGUUCUAUUGCAAGCACAACCACAACAAGUUUUGUCGCAGCAAUAUCAGCAAGUUCAGAUGCAGGUGUUGCAAUAGUUGCAGUUACAACAGGUGGUGCCGCAGAUCAGUUGCAAGAAAAUUCUGUGACAGAUUUAUCGUCGACGUCGGGGGGGCUACCUAGUGAUUUCGAUGCUGAGUUUGGCAAGUUUAGGGAAGGCCCGCAGGAACAGUCUGAGCACACUCAACAAGCGUUUGUCGCUGCAAAUGAACAGGUGUUGCAGCCAUUAAAUACAAUUUCGGCGAGUGAAUCAUUGCCGAUUAUUGAAACUGUAGUUGUUACUGAGCAUUGUGUGCAUACUGAUUCGUUUUGUUUGCCUAAAGAAUCUGUCAUUGGUGAAAACUAUUGCGACAAUGUUUCACCUGCAAUUAAUAUUUCUGUUUGUCUAAGUGUCGACGAAAUUAAGGGCGAGCGAGAGCAAGGCCAAGUGGCAACUCCUGAUACCAAUUUAUCUGUGACAGCUGAAUCGACACAAUGCCAAGUUGCUAGUGUUCCAAAAAAAGCAGCAGCAGACCAACAGGUUGCAGUUUCUAAUGAUGGCUUCCAAAAUCGGCGGUGCAACAGUAGUGCUGAAUUGGUUAAUGAUGCAACAGAUUCCAUGCCGGUUAAGCAGAAGUCUAAUCAUGCCUGGCUUUAUGACAAGAGACGUUCUGCCAACAGAAGAAGCAAGCGGAAUAAAGGGACGUCAAUACCGCAUGGUUUUCACUUUGCAGAAAGGGUCGAUGACGGUUCCCGGUUACGUGGCAUUGAUUUUAAUGGUGGCGACAGUUGUUAUGCUUAUUUUGAUUAUGGUGCUACUAUAGAAUGGAGGAUUGAUUUGGCUAAAGAUUGUGAGUUGCUGAAAUCCUUGAUUGGCCGAGAAAAGAAGCGUUCUGCAAGAGAUCAGUCGAAGAUGCUUACACCUUCCGUUAUGAGGACUAGCAGAAUCAAGGCAUUUGGGGCCGAGGUUGUCGUUUCUAAGUUUAGUAGUGAUUCGGCUAAGAUUAAUAAUGAUGUGAUUAUUCAGGGUGCAGCCGACCAAGAGAAAGGAUCUGUUGUUGCAGGGUCAAAGGGCGAUGAUAAAGCCGGCGACGAUCAAGCAUGUUCUGUUACGGAUGCUAGUAAGUUGUCGACGAUUAAUGAAGUACUUGAAAGUAUCAGUGCCACAUCAAGAUCUCGGGUUCGAAAUCAUGGUGGGUGA